GAGAGACCACAGGGACAGAGACAGAACUGUGCGUACCAAAGCCUCGCAGCACCCAGAACACCAAAACCCUCGGAGGCUGCGCUGCAAGGGCCAUGUGCAGGCAGAGGAGCGGUCACCCCUACUCCUACCUGGAGAUAGCCCUCAUCACUCUCCUGGUGCUGAUGACAGCCGUGACUGUGGCGCUCCUCGUCCUCCACUUUGUCACUGGGGAGAGCAGCUCCAGCAAUGAUUAUGGUGAACCAUCACCAACCCAGAAACCAACAACAACUGCUGGCUCAGAAAACUACUUACUGGGUGUAGGUCGGGCAGACUGCACAGGGCCCGUAGCAGAAAUUCCUCUGAUGGGCUAUGCCAAUCCCGACCAGGUGGGUGGAGGACUUCUCACACGCCUCUACAGUCGAGCCUUCAUUGUGGCUGAGCCCAACGACUCCAGGAGAGUGGUGUUUGUCAGCAUUGACAUAGGGAUGGUGUCCCAGAGACUGAGGCUGGAGGUGUUGAAGGAACUGAAGAACAAGUAUGGCGAGCUGUACCGAAGGGACAACGUCAUCCUGAGUGGCACCCACACGCACUCAGGGCCUGGUGGUUACUUCCAGUACACACUCUUCUGGAUCACUAGCAAAGGGUUGAUCAAGCCAAACCUCAAUGCUAUAGUGAAUGGCAUUGUAAAGAGCAUUGAUAUAGCACAUCAGAACAUGAAGAGAGGAAGGCUUUUUUUAAACAGAGGCACGGUAGAAAACAGUCAGAUCAACCGCAGCCCUUACUCAUAUCUCCAGAAUCCAGCAUCCGAACGUAGCAGGUACUCAACCAACACGGAUAAAGAAAUGGUGAUGCUGAAGAUGGUAGAUGAGAAUGGACAUGACCUAGGACUCAUCAGCUGGUUUGCUGUACACCCUGUCAGCAUGAACAACACAAACCAUCUCGUCAACAGCGACAACAUGGCCUACGCAUCUCUCUGUUUGAGCAGGAGAAGAACAAGGGCAUGCUUCCUGGAGAGGUGGGAGCGUUUUCAGAUGAUUGAAAAUAAUGGGGGGAAAAAGUGCAACAGGGAGGGAUGGGUGAUACUUACUAUGGUCCACAGCGGGUUCUUUGAAUAG